AUGGAACGUAGGGCCUGUGUGGCGGUUGUAUCUGUAUUGCAAUGUUCAGGAACACAAAAAUAUGUAAAUAUACGUAAUAUAGAGCGAGUGUAUGCUGAUUGUGUAUGUGUUUGUGCCGCAGAGUGCAAGAUGGUGAUCAGCGAGGGCUCGGACGUGGUGCUCACCGCCAGCUCGCACAAGCCGUUGCGCCGCAGAAAAUCCUGCCAACCAAAGGACGCGACGCUCAACUCCCACCGAGCCUGGUGUGCCCGCAGGAAGGACGAGCACCAGUGGCUGCAGUGGGACUUGGGGCCGCCGCACCUAGUGACCGGGGUGGUGACGCGCAGCCGCAGGGACACGGGGCGCAACCACUGGGUCAAGGCCUACACCCUCACUUACUCCAACGACUCCAAGGUCUGGCUCACCAACAAAGACGACAACCACCUCGAUACUAAGGUGUUUGGAGGCAACCUGGACAAGCACACGGAGCGGCGCCACUACCUCAACUCCCCCUUCAAGGCCCGCUACGUUCGCCUGCACCCCCAGCGCUGGAGGAAGUCCAUCGCGUUGUGCGCCGCCCUCAUCGGCUGCCCACACAAAGGGGACUGCGGCGAGGGCUUUUUCCGCGUCCCGCCCGAUACCAGCUGCGUGGAGAACAUCGCCUACAAGGGCAGCACUUGGGUCAACGACAAGAGACACUCGUGGUCAGACUGGAACUACAGCCCGGCGAGCCUGGCCGUGGACGGGAACCGGGACACGACCCUGCAAUCGUGCCCCGUCAUCGACAUCGACAGCGUGGACGAGCCCGUGUGGAUGGUGGACCUGGGCAGGCGGCAGCAGGUGCGCGGCCUGGUGCUGCUCACCUGGCAGGGACGUGGCCAAGACCAGCAGACCCUGUACCGAGACUACGUGUUCGGCCUUGACCGCCUCACAGUCUUCGUCGAGAACCAGCGUCGCCUGGACACACUGUCGCCGCAGGACCACAAAAAGUGCGCCUCCAUUACAAGACUGAACAACGCUCUCUUCAGAGAGCGCGUGCACGUGGAGUGUCCUCAGCCCAUCAAGGGUCGUUUCCCGUACAUCAGGGCGAGCGGGGUGGCCAACAGGUGGCACCGCGUCUUCUCCAUGGUGCUGGGUGAGGUGAUGGCGUACUGA